AUUUUAUUUGUCAUUUAUACAUAUUCAAAAUGCUGAACUUUAAUGAGACAAAAGCACCUGAUCGCGUGGUUCCUAAGCCUCCUAUGUUAUGUAAGCGUACUUCUGACAUUAUAUGCACAUUUCUUUCUGGUGUCAUUCUUCUAUCACUAAUUUUCAAGUUUACUACUAUUUUCUUCAUCGCAGCUGCUCUCUUCCUCUGCCGAGGUCUUACUUCAGACUCUACCAUUGACUGGACCAAAGCUUUAAUGCCUAUUCUAGGCAUUAUGCCCUCAAUGGCUAAAUUUACAUAUGACGUGUUCUACUGUCUACUUACGGGCGAACCGCUGUAGCAAAGUAUUGAAAUGUUGAUUGGCUUAGAAAUUAAUUUACAAAUAAUGUUUUAUUCUCUACUAAAA